CGCAAAGGUGUCUGAUGUGUUAUUGUUACAUGUUAUCAAUUCUUGCAUAAAUAUAUUUGAGGCUAUUAAAUACUUUGAACUUGUUAAUAGAACUAUAAAAAAUCAAUUCUUCUGUUCAGUUUCAAGAAAGUUAGAUGUCUAUUGUUUCUGUAUGAAUAAAUUUCUGUGCAGAUGGCAAGUUACUGAACAACAUUCCUGAUUAAACUUACAUAUUUUCAUGGAAGAAUUUUUAUCUGUAGUCAUAUAGCACAUUGGCUAAGUAAUAAUAAUAGGUUUUUCCCACUGAAAUUCAUUAAAGCUGUGCCGAAGAUGUCAUUUCCACCAGGACCUCCAUUGCCAAUGCCUGGUAUGCCUCCCGUCCCCCCAAUGUUACCACCACCAUAUGGCGUCCCUCCCAUGGGAGGCAUGAUACCUAUGACAGUUGGAAUGAUGCCUGGCCCUAUGAUGGCUCCUGUUGCAAUGACAAUGCCUGCACCACUUCCCAUGCCACCACAUCAAAAAAUGAUGAAGAAACCCAAUACUCACCAUUAUAAAAAAUAUGAAAAUCAUGUUGAAUCUCAACCUCAUGAAGCUCCAAAAGGUCCACCAGUUACAGUUUUUGUCGGAAACAUUACUGACAGAGCUUCAGAUGCUUUAGUUCGACAAAUAUUGCAGCGAUGUGGAAUAGUUCUGAAUUGGAAGCGAGUUCAAGGGGCAAAUGGGAAACUGCAGGCCUUCGGGUUUUGUGAAUAUGGCGAUCCAGAAUCUGCUCUUAGAGCAAUGCGAUUACUUCACGAUUAUGAACUUGGAGAGAAGAAAUUAGUUGUUAAAGUAGAUGGUAAAACCAAGGAAAAAUUAGAUGAAUAUAAAGCUAACAAACUUUCAAAAGUACAAGAUGAAGAUGAGAAAAAAACUGAAGAGAAAGAGGAUAGUAAUAAAGAAGAAGGUGAAACCAGUGAUGAUGCAUUAGAUGAGAUGACAAAACAAAGAGAUAACACAAUUAUGACCAGCCUACAAUUAUUGGUCAAUGCUCAUGCACUUGAACUGAAAAAACCAUCAGAUGAUAAAGAUAUUCCUCCUCCAUUGCCUGUAGUCGUUCCACUGGACAAACCACAGAAUUCAGGUAACAACAGUCCAAAACCACGAAGUGACUAUGAGAGAUUGAAAAAAAAUGAACUGGAUGAAAUGGAUUUAGAAGAAGAUAAAAAAUCUCUUAUACAUCGAGAAAUUGAUAAAUUCCGGGAUACUUAUAAGAGAGCAGAAGAAGAAAAAGAGAAAGAUAAGGAGCGCCGGCCACGUCGAAGAGAGUACGAAUCACCUGAACCUCGUUCUCGAGAUCGGGAGAGAGAAAGAGAUAGGGAAAGAGACAGAGACCGAGAAAAGAGGUGGUCAAAGGAACGCUCUCUCGGCAGAGAAGAAAGAAUUUCUAGAAGACGACGUAGUAGAGAGCGGGAAAGAGAGCACAAAUCUCCUAGGGAGUCUCCUGUUGUUACAAGGGAGCACAGAGAAAGAUCAAGAGAGAGACAACCUGAAAGGACGAGAUCAGAUUCUAGGGACCGUGUAGAAUGGAAUCGAGAAAGAGAUCGUACAGAUGACAAACCAAAGGAAAAAGAGCACGAUAAAGAUGAUGAUGAUGAAGCCUAUGAAAGGAAAAAACAAGAAAGGAAAAUCAGGGAAAAGGAAGCUGUUUACCAAGAUCGUCUACGUAAUUGGACGGCAAGGGAGAGGAGGAAAGCCAAAGAAUAUGAAAAAGAAAAAACCAAAGCUGAUGAGCAGAGAAAAGAUGAAUCAAAAGAAGCUAGAAGAUUAAAAGAAUUCCUAGAAGAUUAUGAUGAUGAAAAAGAUGAUCCUAAAUAUUUCAAAGGAAGUGCUCUUGCUCGGCGAUUGAAAGAGCGGGAGAAGGAAAUUGAGGAAGAUAUAUUAGAUCGUCAGAAAGAGAAAGAAGAAUUGGAUGAAUUAAGAAAAAAACUUAUUGAGGAAGGACAUCCAGAUCCCGAAGCUGAAGUUGAAAGACUGUUGCUUGAAGAAAGCCGAAUAGUGGAACAACCAAGGAUAGAAUCCCCUGAAUCUGAACCAGAACCUGAAGUUCAACCUUCACCUAUCAAAAUGAAACCUAUAACAAAGACAAUAUCUUCGCCACCUGAAGAAAAAGAAGAAAGACUAGUUCAGAAAAGGACUAUUGUGGAAGAUGAUAUUUCUCAAAAUAGUUUUUCAGGCUUUUCUGAUGUUAUUGCUCAACCUGAGGAAGUGAAGUUAAUGGGAUUUGCUAGCAUAAGGCUUGGUAAGUUCAGUUUUGGUGUUUUAAUGUUGUGGCAUUCCUCAAUUGUAAUUAUGUUAGUUUUAAACUCUGUUAUGCGAGCAAAUCAACAUUUGGAUGCUCCUGUCAGAAGCUUUUACAUUGCAUAA